GGCAGAAACGGCAGCAAAUCAGACGGGAGUUUUCCUCUUAUUGUUGUUGCCCCUUUUCUGCCAUUGCGAUCGCGACAUUGUCGUUUGAUGGAAUUUGAUUGUUCUUCAUUGCGCGUUUCAAUGGUUUGAGUUUUUUAUUCUAUUUCAUAAUUUGUUUUAUUGUAGAUCUUUGCGACGAGCUGUUGAGCUUCUCGAGCUACUCACUCAUCUUCCCUAAACUUGCGCCUCUACAACACCCAAUCGCCAACGCUCAUCACCAAACUCUCACCAAAUAACAAUGCAACCAAUCCACUUCAUCGCCUUAUAAAGCAACCCUCUUCACACACCGUCAAAUUCAUCCAUCUCCAGAUUCCUCAACAAUGGCUCCCUCCGGCUCCCCCCACGCCUCCCCAGCAACAAGCCUCUCCCGCACCGAAACCCUCAGCCUCGUCUCCCUCUCCGGCGCCUCGCUCGCCAUCCUCGCAAACACAUUCCACGGCGACGGCGAACCCCUCAUCGCCUCUCUCUCGCUCUCCCUCGUCGCAUUCUCGCUAUGCUACGCCAUGAUCCGGUGGCUCGGCCCGACCUUCAUCAAGGCCGGCUUCCGGGGCCGCGACCUGAGCAAGGUCAACAGCGCGGAGCUGCCAGAGUGCAUGGGCGCAGUGUGUGCUGCUGUGUAUCUGAUUACAGUGAUUAUUUUCAUUCCGUUUCCUUUUUACAAGGACAUUGUGGCGGCGACGAGCGGAGGAGGGAAUCGGGAUGUUGUGGUGGAGAUACACCAUGCGAACGAGGGACGGUUCCUGCAUCGAUUUCCUCAUAACAAGCUCGCCUCCUACCUCGGCGCCAUCAUCUCCCUCCAAACCAUCGCCCUCCUCGGCAUCGGCGACGACCUCUUCGACAUCCGCUGGCGCCACAAGUGGUGGAUCCCAGGCCUCGCCUCCAUCCCCCUCCUCGUCGUCUACUUCGUCGACUUCGACGUAACCUCCAUCGUCAUCCCCGUCCCCCUCCAGCCCUUUCUCGGCGAUCUCUUCGAUCUCGGUUUCCUCUACUACGUCUACAUGGCCUGCGUCGCCAUGUUCUGCCCCCAGAGCAUAAACAUGCUCGCGGGCAUCAACGGCAUCGAAGUAUCACAGUGUAUCGUCGUAUCACUGCUCAUCGCGUUCAACGAUUGUCUCUACCUCUUCACCCCGUAUCCUCAUCCCGCGACAGAUUCUCACCUCUUCUCGCUGUAUUUCUUGCUUCCCUGGAUAGGCGUCUCGGUAGCUCUGCUCGCGCACAACUGGUAUCCUGCAAAGGUCUUUGUUGGCGACACCUACUGCUACUUCUCCGGCAUGGUCUUCGCCGUCGUCGGCAUCCUCGGCCACUUCUCCAAGACGCUCGGCCUCCUGCUCGUCCCCCAGCUCUUCAACUUCCUCUACUCGUGCCCCCAGAUCUUCGGCCUCGUUCCCUGCCCGCGCCACCGCCUGCCCAAAUUCAACGCCCGCUCCGGCCUCCUCGAGCCCUCCAUUACUCCUUGGUCCCCCGAUCGGCAGCCACACCCUCUCGUCGGCAAGGCCCUGCAUUUGCUGCACCGCCUGCGUCUCCUCCGUGUCACCACUGACGAAGCCGGCCUCUUCGUCGAAACGAGUAAUCUAACGCUCCUCAACCUGUGGCUCGUGUGGCGAGGUCCCCUAAAGGAAAACCGCCUCGCCUGGGAAGUGACUUUACUACAGCUAUUCGUCGGCCUCUUCGGCCUCUUCGUCAGACAUAAGCUGGCCCUGCUCAUCUUUAAGGAAGACAACUGGGGCAGCACAGGACAGCAUUAACCCACCAAGCUUACUAGAAUCUCGCAAUUUCUACACGUGUAUAUACUAUUCUAAUUAGACAGCAAGCAAUGCUACACCACACAAGAUUUAAAAACAUCCAGCACUAACC